AUGGCUGCAGCAGUAGCACUAUCAAAAGAGCCUCCUAACGCUACGGAGAUCGAAUUUGAAUUAGACGAUUUUGGAAAGGAUGACCUCGAAGAAAAUGACUUUCGAAGAUCAGAGAGCAUGUCGUCUGAAAGACCGAGAGCAUUGUCUGUUUCUGAUGUUUUGAGUCAGCAUAUUAUGGAAAGGGAUGGCAUGGCUUCUCCGAUUAUCAGGGCUUUCACACGGAGUGCAAUUAACCGGUGGAGAGGUAACGCGGAAAAGAAGAUAACACGAAGAUUGAUGGAGGUGAAAGCUGAGCGUAAGAAGCGAGAUGCAGAAAGUAAAGAGCUUACCCGGCUUGUGGCUAGAACAGUUCCUUUGGAUGUUUUGGCUAGAGACUGGCUUAAUGACAACGAAAUUAGUUCGGAUGUGAGAGUGUAUUUGGUGGAAAACCUCAUGCCAACGUUGAUUUUAGGAGUGGAGAAACUGUUGAACGAGGUGGAAAAGAGAGAUUUGGCAGAUUCAGAGGGGUUCUGUCCAGACUUCAAUCCCAUAGAUUAUUUAGCUCAGUUUCUUAUGAGAAAUAAUCCCAGAUACAGUAACUUUGCUGAAGCCUCUCCCUACGCAAAGGGCCUGCGCAAAGUAGUGGAAGACCUCAAGAAGGAGGUUUUUUCUAUGGAAAAUAACAAACUUGCUAAACUCAAGGCUGAUGCCAAGAAGAGGCGCGAAGCAAGAGAAAAAGAGGAGAAUGAAAGGAACAGGGAAAAGCGACGGCGUUCUAUAGCAUUAGAGGAGCAAUUUCCUGAGUGGACGGCUGAUUGGAAUGGGGUUCUUCCACUGUCAGUGGUAAGUUUCUUCAUCAACCCUUUUACUCCCAAGAUAUCCCUAUUUGUUCUCCUUACUAUCUGCCAUAUCAUUCUCACUUUGUUUGUUCAGAGAAUUUGGCAGUGGAUCAACUGAUCAUGCCCUCAUUGAUAUUUUCCUUUAUUCUCAUCCCCUGUCUGCUUUAUAUUGUAUUGAUAUUAUAAGGAGAAAUUCAGUCUUGGUCAAUCGUGGGAGCUAAAGGGUUAACAGUUCAGUCCUAAUUAACCCUUCAACACCCAGUAACAGUGGUGGAUCCAGGGGGAGGGCCUGGGAGAUUUAGGCACCAGUCAGACUCAUGGGUAACAAUAAGAUCUCUUACUACUCCUCAACUUGAAAUAUCAAAAUUUUACUCUUCUUGAAUUGUUUCAUACAUAUUUAAGCACUAGUGUAAAAAGAAAACUCUUUAUAAUUUUUUUCAAAUCAAGUUUGGAAUUCCCCACCCACAAUUCUUGGAUUUUCCCUUGAGUAAUGCUUUCAUGCCACAUGAAAAUUUCUCUUACACUGUUAAUAAAUAACCUAGCCAACAGGUGGUGGGAUGAGAAAUGUUUCCCUGAUCUACAUGUUGGGCCAAAUUCUCUCAAACCAUUUUACAGGACAAUAAGGCUGAAGUUGACCAGUCUGUGAUAGAGACCAUGAUCUAGUUAGCAUGAUAAAAAAGUUAUUUACGAAGUUAGUUAUUUUUUAUUUAUUUUUAAAAGCAGCAAGGUUUGUAUCAUAACAAGGUCACCUCAGUCCUGUUCAAAGGCUUGGCAAUCAAGCAUGCAACUGUAAAAUGGACUAUUAAAAAUCAGAUCUUGGGAUUAUUAAUUAUGUGUACAUACAUUUAUUAGCUGAAAUUUACCCUUAAUUUGGACAGCAGGAACCAUUUUUGUGACCUAGGAAUCGAUGAAAAUGGUUGUAGGUUAAGUCCAUUGCUUAAUUCAAGAAUGCCACACAUGCCCUAACUUGCAAUGAUGCGUUGAUUCCCAUUGCUUCUUGAAGAGGAGCUUUGUUUUUAAGUGGGAGAACCUGGGGGGAGGAGGGAGGGGAGAGGGGCUCAUUGAAACCUUAUUGAUAAGGGCCAAAAUUUCAUCCAGUCUUUAAUGAAUAACUUGUAAAUUAAAGAAGGUUUUUUGAUUUGAAAUCCUGUUAAGCUAAAAAGAGGAACAAAGAUAGUUUAUCCAAAACUAAGAUAUACAUGUAAGAUGAACAACAAUGUUAUGUUAAGAGUUUUUGUUAACUGGGAGGAGGAGGUGCAGGCUGAUUGCCUUUACAAAGUUAAAGCUCUGAAUAAAAGACUUACUAGAAAGGCAUUAUAGGCUUAUUAGAGUGUUUAUGAUCCACUGAUACAUGUCAAUAUCACUGUGGUUUUAUCUGCUUUGAACUUCUGCUAAAUCUUUGAGAUCUACAUGUAAAUGAAUCAAUUAACAAUCUUUCUUAAAUUUCAGGUUCAAAAUGUGCUGAAAUCUUUUGAAGAAGUAGCCACAAAUCUUCCAGAUGAAAUCAGGAAAGGUAACAUUCUGAAAUAUCAUGUCAGUGAUGAUUUGAAAGUCAUGUCAUUUCUCUCUUUAUUCUGAAAAUCAUGAAAUUCAAUGUGGUUGUUUAUUUACACUCUUGCAGGUGCAGCCUUUCUUAUUCCUCUUGAACCAACAGAUUCCACAGACAAAAUGGUGAAUCUUCAGCAAUUUAAAGAAGUAAGUUUUGUUUAAUUUGCAUCAACACUUUCAUGAUAUGAUUAAGAUCAAUAAGAUAUGCAUUUUUACUUUGCAAUUGUCAUUCUCAGCUACUUUACAUUUCUGAUUCAUUUUUGUUUAAUUGCUUUCCACCACUGCUGCAAAAUUAUACAAAAUAAAGAGACACUUUCCAUAUAUUUUUGCUCAACUUUUCUUUUUUGUAUUUUUCAACUGUUGCUGCAACUGAAUAAAGAGGAUAAGUUUUUAAAGAAACUGUGGUGCUCAGUUAGUGGGAGAGUAUUACAGGGUAAUUUUAAGUGUUAUCAACUGAGUUGAUAAUGUAAAUUGGCCACUGUAAAGAGUUUAAAAGCUGACAUUUUGAGUGUUAGCCCUUCAUCAGAGUAAUAGAUAGCAAGUGAAUCGCCCUGACAAAGGGCUAACUCUUGAAAGGUCAGCUUUUAAACUCUUUAUGGUGGCAAUUUAUUUUAUCAACUCAUUUAAUAAUACUAAAUUACCCCGUUGCUGCAACUUUUUGCUCUAUGUUGUUGAAUUUCAUGUUGGUUUUUUCACUUCAGUAUGUUCGUCCAUAUGCUGGCAAUUUGUCUAAGGAAGCUUUCAAUGCAUUUAUUGAACACUUAACUCGCUGUGCUGCACACUACAGAAUUGCAACUGUGAAAGAAGCCAUGAGGUAAUAUUAAAAUUGUCAUCAUUUGAGUUUUACAUUUGUAAUAAUUUUUUUUCCCUGGAAUGGUAGAUGUUAUAUUAAUUUUUUUGUUGUCUAAACCUCCUAGAGGAAACAAAUCAACCACAUUUCUUCAAUUUUCAUGUUUUAACUUACAGACUUACUUUGAGGAACCUUUUCUUGAGCUGUGACAUGAAGAAUGUAAGUAACUCUGAAAUAAAACCUCCUUUUCAUUUACCUUUUUCAGCUUGUAUUUGUCGCUUAAAAUAUGUGACAUAACAGUCUGUUGUCAAGAUUUGUCUAAUUUUUGUUUAAUUGGUUCAUUUCAUUUAAAUUUUUGUAAAUGUAAACAACACUCAACCUGGAAACACAUGUUUAAGUUAACAAAAAUCUUAACGCAAAGUCAAGUUAUUUUAUGAUUUUAUCACAUUUUUUUCUUUUUCCCAAGUCUGGUCAUGUGGACAGGAAGCGUAUUUUGGAUAUCAUGAGCUCAUUUUACGAUAAUGCCGUUGAAGCUGUUAGGUCUUCUCUACAAAAUCCAAGGAAAUGUAAGUUUCUAAGUAUCCAAAUUUCUGUUCUCCCUUAUUUCCAAUACAACACAGGCAAGUAGGUUUUAAUCCUACAAACUGAUAAAUAUGGAAAAAUUAUCAGUUGAAUUUUCAUGAAUUCUAAGUUACAGGUUGAAGAAAAUUAGUGAUGUAACAAACAGCAACUUUUACCUGUCUCUGCUUAAUAAGGAGAGCUCUUAAUCCAUCCUCUUAGUAACCAAAAAGCAAUUUCUUUGUACAGUAAAAUAUAUCAAAACAUUUUCAAAGAGAUUGACAAAAAAGGUAUAAUCAGUAUCAAUUGAGAGAUAUUGUUUGAUUCAACACCAAAUUCUCAGAGCCAAAAUAGCAAGGAUUGUAGGAAGGGUAGUUUGGGGAAUUUACAUCUCCCUCUUGGCAGGAAAGUUCAUAAGAACCUCUUUCAGCUGUUUGAGCAGUAACUGGCUGCAGUGACUGCUCAAAAGAUAAAAUGGGAAAUAAGAAGGGACUGCCAUCAGCGCAUUUUUUUAGGAUUAAAUUUAAACUAAAGGCAGUGACAAAUAAUUGCUUGAGGAUGAAUACAUUUGUGGCAGCCCCCUAGAUUUGAAUUUGAAUUUACCACUGGUUUACAUGAAGUAAUUGUAAAGAUGUUAUCUGAGGAUUUCCGAUCUUGAUUCAACCAUUAUCUGUUGUUUAUCAGGGCCAGUUUUAGAAAUAGAAGAAACCACUGAUGAAGAUGAAGAUGAAGAGCCAAAGGGCAAACAAGACACUGGAACAGGAACAGAUGAUCAACCCAAAAUACAAGUAGAACAAGCAGACCCUGGAGAAAUCCCACCCAAGGAGGAUACCAAUGAUCCAGAACAAGUGUCAGAGGAACUAAAAGAAGGAGAGAAAGAAAAGCUAGAAGAAACUCCUGCAGAAGAAGACACUGCCCAGAAACCAACAGAAGAAGAUGAAAAACCUCAAGAGGCUGAGGAGGGAGAGGAGCAAAGCAUUGAUAAAGCUAAGGAACAAACUGGUGAUGGAAAUGGUGAUGAACAGAUAGAAGGUUUGCACAUGGUUAUUAACAGUUCUUUUGUGAAUUUCACUGCUUCCUCACUGUCCCAUUUUUGAAUCCUCUAUAUAUUAUCCAGAACAUUAACCAUUUCACUCCCAAGAUCUAAUUAGUAAUUCUCCUUACUAUAACAAUUAUGAUGUUAGUUCAGAGAAUUUUUGGAUCAACUAAUAAUCCCAUAAUUGAUUCAUUCUCAAUAUUGAUAUUGUAAGGAGAAAUUCUGUCUUGGAUGAAAUAGUUGAACAUCUUAGAUGAAAUAGUUGAACAUCUUAUUGGAGUUUUCAUCUACUGUUUUAAGGUGAGGAAGAUGAUAAUCAAGACGAAUUACAAGACAAUGCUGUUGAAAAAGAGAACAUAAAGGAAAAAUUGUUAGAUAACGAAGAAGAAGACAGAAAGCUGCUGGAAUCAAUCCCAGAUGAAAGUAUGUCUCAUUUUAUUUAAAAUGCUCAAUAUUCUUACUACAUAGAGGAGGAUAAUAUUUAACACAGAAAAAUGCUGUAAAACACAAGCAUUGGUUGAUAUUGUUAUUUCAUUUGGUUGUAUGCUUGUGGCACCUCUGAAAAAAUUUUUGUUUACUUUUAACCAACACAUCUUGUGGAGCUUUUUGCUGUUUGAACCUUUGGAGUGAUUUUCAACUUAAUAUUGAAAGUUAUCCUGCUCUACUUUGCCCAGUGAUUGGUUCAGAAAAGUCCCACCACCCUCUCAAACAAUCUGAUGCAACAAUUUGGUUACUCACGUAUUUCUGUGCCUCAUGCAGUUUGCCUGUGAUGUUUAGGCUUGCUGUGAUUGGUUGUUGUAUUGACUGUGUUUUUUUGUUUUAUGACACUUAAUCCAAAACUGCUGUCUUUUAAAAUUUUCUACUACCAGGACUUUUUAUUUUGCAAUGGGCAGCCUCUAAGACCACUUAUUAAAAUAUUAUGCAAAGUUCAGAUUUUACUGAAUUAUUUUGACUAUUAGUUGAUGAUCAGAUGUCAGAUCAGGAAGACACAGAAACAUCAGCCAGCACACUACCAAGACCCAGGUCUGCUACUGAAGGAUCAGCAUUUGAUGAAAACUCACUUAAUCAGCCACAGUUUAUACAUUUGCUGGAAAAGUUUCUUGGAAAUACCCCUAUCAAGUAAGACUUAACCUGUAAAUAGUAUAUAGAUACUAUAAAUAUAGUAGGUAAAAGAUACUAUAAAUUAUUGCAGAGAUGGCCCAUUAUGGGAUACGAACUUGAAGAUGAAGAGUUAUUUUUUGGAGAUGCACAAACAACGACGUACAUCGAGAAAUUUUCAGUUAAGUGUCAAAAGGAAAUCGGGAUUACACUGGCUCAAGAUUGGCUUUACUUUCCAGUUGGUCUAGAUAACCAGCGCCGCUCUUGCAACCAAUCAGAGGGAAACUUGAUCAAUUUACUCCUAAUUUGGUAUCUUGUGUUUUACCGCUAUUCAUGUAAUCAGCGUGGUUUUCACAUUGAGUUCUCUUUGGCUCUUUGCGACAUGUUCCUUCGUUCUGAUUGGUUGUUGUGAUUACUUCAGAUGUCGUCCUACGUCACUCAAAGUAACGUAGCGCACCAAUCAGAUGAUGGCUACAUCUGACAACAGCACGUUGUUACGUGUUUUUAUUCCCGAUGAUGUAAAAAAUGAUCAGCCUUUUCAAUUCAGCGUGUCGCCUUAGAAAACCUUCAGUGUCUCACCCUCACAACUUUAGGGCUCAGAUUUACCAAAAAAACUUGUAAACUUGUGAGUAGAUCCAUGCAAGAUAACCAUUAACUGUAUCAUUGUCUUUCUUUCAACAGGCAAGUGUUCGAUGAUCUCGUCCGGUUUGUAAGAGCCAGCUAUGUGGAAACAGAUGAUGAAAGAAUGGCAAGAAUAAACAAGGUGUGUGAUGGGCUUGAUUCGGUUCCUUAUUGUGGUUGUCUAUUGUGACGAAGUAUUGAGAACAUCACGGGAUGAAUUGCGAGAGAACAGUUAUUUUUCGUUUAUAAAAGCGAACUCUAAAUUUGAUGGUAGUUGAAAACGUACUGCAUGGUAUUAUGUGCAAGUUUUUAAGAAAUCCUCAACAACUUUUUUGUGAGAUCAAGUCUCUUAAUAUGGAUUUGAUUGAAACCGACGCAAACUUCACCAACGACAGUUUGUUAGCUGGCUUUGUUUUUUUUUUUUUCGUUUGUUUGUCUUUUUGAUGUUGUUUUUCCCUUUUUUAACGGAAAUGGUCAUGAAGAGUUCAAAUGCGUUCGUUGAGUGAAAUAGGAGGGGUUAUACGAAGUAUAGUGUAGGAGGGAAUUGAAGUAGAACGAAACCCCCAUUUUGUGACAGUUCUGUUUGGGGAACAUCUCCAUUCAAGGAAAAUGAAAUUCGGUCCGACGGCAAAGAUGCUGACAUGACUUUUUAGUCGCGAGUAUCUCCCUUGGAUGGGACUUCUGCUGUCCACGCUGACUGUAAAACGCGUCACGAACCGUGAAGCGGAACAUUUCGAUGUGUAGUAAAACACGUGCGUCAUGAGCAUAUCACACGUGAUGAUUCACUUAGCUAAUUAAAUAGGUAACUUUUUUCUUAUUAGGCUCGUUUAGAGGCACGUUCAGCUAAGAGGCGUCGGCAGGUGGAUCAGCUCUAUGAGUUGUGGGACGUGAACGCCUCUGGGUAUCUGGAACUGGAUGAAAUUCAAGUUGUGUUGAACAAAUGGCGCGUGGAUGGAAUUGAAAACUUCAAGCAAGGUUUGUGCAGACAUUUUUUCUUGUGGGGUGGUGGUAAAGUACCGGAGCGCUGAAUGUGUACUUCUGAGGUUUGGAAUCUUGGAAGGGGGGGGGGGGAGACUUGGGUUGUUUUGUCCCAUGUUCGUUACUCAAGAAAGAUUUCUCUCGUUACUUCUUUGCGUCAUAUUUUAAAACAACCUUAUGAUAGGAACGAUAGAAAUAUAGAAAGAAUGGCGCUUAGCAGCAAUUUGUUACUCUCCUUUUUCCUGGGAGCUCUUUUGAGUUUACGCUGGAAGUGUUUUUCAGGAGCGCACAAAAGGAGAUAUGCCUCCCUUCUUUUAUUCACAUUUUUGCAUUGAAUCCUAACAGUUCUUUGGUUUGUUACUAUUUCAGCCCUGAAGGUAUUCGGUGAAGUAGACAAUACCCUCAACAAACGCACAUUCCGUGAGUGUAUUGAUGCUAUAAUAAAGUCUUUUCCAGAAGAAGACGUGUUUGACUCAUUGAUCCACUUCCUCACUACAAGCGUAGAGGUGAGCUUCUAAAACAUCAUUUAGCUUUAGAGGAAGAUGUUUUUCAUCUUGUCACAGCGUGGGACAACGAAAAAAUUCUGAGUUCCCAUGAGGAAAAAAAAUCUCAGUCCCCAUGAGGACAUAUCUGAUCCUAGCAGUAUGCAGGACGCGUGUCAUUUGAACUUCGUAAUAGACCUCGCUCACCGUACAGUCUCUGUGGCUCAGUGGUAGAGCAUCGGAGCGCGGAAUCCGAAGGUCUGAGGUUCCUUUCCUCGUGGGGUCUCAGAAUUUUUUAUUUGUCCCACGCUCGUGACAAGACGAAAAACAUCUUCCUCUAUUUCUUUACCGAGCUCAAAACUUACCAUCUCUCUUAUUCUAUCAUUUAGUUUUAUUAAGUUUUCUCUCCUCACUCGUAAUCCUUAUUUUUUACAGCGGUCUUUCGAGGAGCGUAGGCGGGGUGAUGCACGGAAAAGAUGGAUGACGAUGAUUGAUGCCGCUGCUCAGACUGGCGGAGCGCAACUCGAUCCGGUCUAUCGUGCGGUGUACCAUGUACUCUUCAAAGACGCGGAUGAGCAUGGAAAAGGGAAAAUAUUGAGUUCUUCAGUGAGUAUGCUUGAAAACAACGACGACCCGAGCCAAAUGCACCGCGGUGAGACAAUUUUACGAUACAUGUCCAGCACAGUGGAUGACAUUCCAUACGUUGUGGGCAAAGUUUUGUAUAGAGACAUGAAGACAGUUUCUUGGGCUGCAGUAGACUCUGGCAAGCCUAUCCACGUCCCUAAGGUGUCUACUCACUCUGGAGUGACGAUGUGGAAUCCUACCCGGAGAGAAGAGGUAAGAGUUAUGGGAGUGAGGUCACAGCAAAGAAUUUCCAAAAGAUAUCAUUAAAUUUGUCCUCGUUUCCUUUGUUUUGAUUGUCCUGAAGAAGAUUCCAAUGCUGCAAAAAUUACCGGAGGACAUUUUUCUCUUGCAACGGAAGAUAUCUUACAGUUACGUAGUAUGUGAAGCGGCCAAAAUCUCUUAUUUCUACAAUUCCGUUUUCCUGCGGGAUUAAUGCGGGCAAUCCCGAGCCCUUCUUAUGAUGGAAGCUUGGCUGGCCUUUGCGGAACCUGGUACCAAAUCUGUUCAACAGGUUGCAGUGAAGUAGCGCAGAUAUUAAUAACAGGUAUGCCUUUGGUCGUGGUAGGACUGGAUAGCUGACCUAACGGGGGGUCUGUGGUUUGUAUUGGUGUUCUUGAUGCUGUGGUGGAGCAGGGUAAUGGAUGCUGUGGUUGAGAUGAAAAUGGGUACUAGUUAAUCAGUGUUAAUUAAUGAUCCUUUUUUUUUUCCAGGGAGGAGACGGUUCGUUUAUUGCACUGCCACUAAAGGAUCAUGAACGACGAGUAAUCGGUAUCCUGGGUAUAGACACCUUAGCGGACCCUCAUAAACCAGUAUUCAUCACACAUGAGAUCAGCUUCUUCCAAGGUGUAGCCAAAGCCUUGAGUCAGGCCAUACAGUUUGUUGAUAUUCGUCGGAAAACACUCAGAGUUGCUGAGUCAGCAGUAUCUUGGAUCUUGCGACGGAGUCCUAAUGUGCAGAAUGUCAAUGUUUACUUAGUGGAACCCGGAUUAAAGGUAUCUAUUCUUUUUUUUUAGUGUUGUUGUCGGGCCUUUGGUCAGUGGGGAAGGAGACUUUUCCUCUGUUUUUGUUUCCUUCCCUCUGUUGGUUUUGGGCCUUUACCAUGUUGUAGUCGUUUCAUUUUCAUUUUCCUCACUGUUCGUCAUCAGCCAUCUGACGGUUUGGUCCUCCGCCGAAUGAGGACGCUGGCCCAUAACGGGUUCAGCCAGCACUAUACAAGUCCGCCAAGGCUGGACAGAAGAGAUAACCUGUUCAGGUAAGAAGUAGAACUUCUCUUUAAGGUGAUUCCUCAGAAAAAAAAUUUAUCGAAAAAAUGUUUUUUUAACUUUCCUUAAAUGUUCCUUACCAAUGUCUGUUUCGAAAACUACAAUAAAAAAGGUAGGGCACAGUACAGGUUUAGGAGAUACAAUUGACCAAACUUACUCCAGUUAUGCCUGUACUGGCACUAAUCACGCGCGUCAUUUUAUCGGUUCAUGGUACAUUUUGCUGCAGCUGGAAGCAAGGGUUUUUAAAGUAACACUUGAAAAAAAAAAUCUUUAUAGGUAGAAAGUCUCUAGCGUAUGGAACAAUUUGAUAUGUAAUUUGUGGGAAAAUCACGCAAAUUUAAACAACUUCGACUCAAAAUGUUUCUCGAGUCGUCCCUUUUUAAGGUCAUAAUUUGCAUCUUCGAGUAACGGGCUUCGUGCACGCUUUUGUAUAAGGUGGCGCUUAUCGCACUCUUCAUAGAUAACAUUUACCAGCCUGUGAUGCAUAUUUUGUGUCAUAUAUCAGGGACUAUUUGUUUAAAUGUGUGGAGAGCUCAGAGACCAUCACUGCAGACGCGUAUGGAGAGCGUCACAUGGCUUUUCCCCUCAGAGAUGGGGAAGGGAGAGCUGUUGCCGUAGUUGACAUAAGUAUCGGUGAACUUAGAGCACUUCCACCGCACGAGAACAAGGAAAUACAACGCAUGCUCAAACUGCUGGCCAAGGCACACAGAGAGGUGGCUCGAGAAAUCACCAGUGGAGCGGCAGAGAAACACAUCGUGUUGGGUAAGUUGAAUUACCUUUGAAAUAGCUUUGCAUGGGCUUUUUUGGGAAUUUUCUCUUAACCCUUUACAUCCCAAAAAUUAAUAUUCGUAUUCUCCACACUGAUCUCUUUAUAUUUACAUUUCCUGUGGUAAUGACGAGGAGAAUUUGUUUGACAAUCAAUUUCCAUUAUUUUCAUGACCUUUACAUUUGAUUCAAGGGUGAUAAUGUAAGGAGAAAUUAGAAGCAAAUCACAUUUAUGAGUGAAAGGGUUAGUUAGAGGUGGGGUGGUAAUUCUUAUUGCUUCCAUACUUUGCAUAAUGUUGACGUGAAAACCUCGACUACUCUUGCUAUUUUUGGUAGGACAACUAGAAUUGGGACUUUAACGGGGAUUUUGUGUAAACGACGGUAAUGUCUGAACACGUUCGUGUUCCAAGUAGAAAAGGUAGUUAGCAUUUGAUUCUUUUGAUCUGUAGAGGUGGAAAAAGAGUACGAAGACGCCCGUAUUGAUGUUUUGUUUGACCGACUGAUGCUGUUGGACCUGAGAGAGAACGUGGGAAGACUGGACGCCAGGUACAUUUAAGGGUGAUCUACAGAAAUAGUCAGAAUUGUAGAGAUUAAUACCUCAUUCACACCAGCAAAACAUGUUUAGUUUAUCCAGGUGUAACUGAAUGAAAAUCCGAAACAGAGAACUAAAAAACUAAAUAUUCCAAAGAUUUCAAAUGUUCACCAAAUUUUAUUUUCAGCGCGCUGAAUUUGAAGCCGGCAAACAUCGGUUUAGGCAGCCCCUAUAGAGAAAACAAAUUUGAACCGUGUUCAACAAAGCAGCUUUGAAAUAUGUUCAAGCUUUGGUGUGAACGAGGAAUAAGACACCCCCAAAUCAGCGAUUGCGGCUCGGUGGAUUAUAAGACUCUGAUUUCCUCCAAAAGCCCAGUGACAAGUAAGCAUGUACGAACUUUAUCGAGCUCACUUACACUGACUCAGAAAAGGCAAAUGGGCAUGGAGAUCACUAUUUCUCAGCGAAACAUUUUAAGUUUUAAGUACCAACACUGACCAACCGACUCUCAAAAGAAAAGGCCUUGUUUUAAACUCGAAUGCCCCAUCCCCUCCCCUCAAGUAUCAACUCCUUAGGGGUAGUGGGUAUUGGAUUCGCGUAUGGAAUAUCUCAUUUGAAUAAUUUUUUGAUCCCAAGAAAUGAAAAAAAUAUAAAUCCGUUGGAUCAAUGUUAGAAUUUGAGCAACUGCACACCAACCCCUCCCCUAACCUUACAUUAACCCAAGCUUGUUAUCAGUUGAUUUUUGUAGGGUUAGGGGAGGGGUAGGUUGGUGCGUAGUUGCUCAGAUAUUAACAUUGAUCCAAUCUGUUCAUCAAAUCGGCGCGAAGCACCAAAUACGUCAGGUUUUCUGCGAUCGCCCUCACCGUGUUAUGACAGGUUCCAAGCUUGGAUUCUUUCUGUAUAAAUAGCUUUUUUUGUCAGCUGUGUGAUAGUCGCUGUGUUGGUUCUUCACUUUGUCGCCUUAUUUUAAUCCUCAGGGCUUUCGCCGAGAUCAAGAGCUACAAGGAUCCGCCCAAAGUGAUUCACGAUAUUCUGAAGGCAGUUUUAGGCAUCUUCCAUCCGGAUUUGGAGAAGCAGGACAAGUUUAACGAGUGGAGCAUGUGCAAACAAAUGGUCAACCCAGAUCUAGUUCGUCUGAUUACAUCCUACGAUCCUACAGCGAGGGCAAACACUGUUAGUGUGGAUGCGAAAUCUUUAGCUGGAAAACUACAGGGUAAGUGUUUCAAUCAGAGCUAAGGAAAAUAUCACAAGGAGCCAACGAUAGCUCAAUAUGAAAUAAUGUCAAAAGCGAGCGACUAAGUCGCGCUUGAUUUUAAAGUUGGAUUUUUUUUUGACGCGCGAGUUUUUUUUAGUCCUUUCAACUCCAAAGAUCUAAUUGUUAAUUCUCCCUUUUAGUUGCUACACAGUUCCUUGUAAAGUAGGUGUGAGAAUUUGGUGGUAGAUCAAGAUAAAAACGUAGAAGUUACCGUGACAGGUUAAUCAUUUCUGGGAGUUGAAGGGUUAAACCAACCAUAGAUGGAAGUAAAGCAAAACCGGUGCAAUCCCGAGUUGCUUUCGACAGCCAAUUGAAAAUUGCUAUUCUCUUUCCAUUUGGUGCAACUCUUCCCUGAAAAAUUGUAAUUUUAGGGUUAUGGUCGAAUUGACGACAUUUUUAUCGACCACAAUUUCCAGUUUCUGUGGAAAAGCAGCCCUCUUUUCCAAAUGCAUUUGUUCUAGGGAGUGUCAACUAAUUCAUUUCUGUAACUGUUUUGACUUUCAGAUGUGCCUCAAGGUGCUGUGGCAAAGCACGGUUCAUUACCAGCUCAGUAUCUGUUCAAUUGGGCUUUCGUUUGCUUGUCUCUGAUUGAACACACGGAGAAGAUGUGCGAAACACGUCCGGGAAAAGUUGUGAGCCCGCAGGCCAAGAGCGAAGUGGUCACCGAUGUCGGAAAGGGAAGGCCCUCGCCCCAGGAAACAUGGACGCGUUCGGAAACGACCGAGUAAUUUUCUCUUGAUGAAUCUAGAUAGUAAUGUUUUAGGUUAAAAGUCCAUCAUACAUUUACUACGUAAAGGUAUUCUAACUGAAUGCAAUCGAGAAUAGAGAAGAUAUACAAUGAUUACGAGUGUAGAACUUGGAAAUUAAACGUAAUUUCUUUUUAAGCUGCAUAAACGGUUGCAUGAUCUUAGAUUCCAAGCUUUCAUUUUGAGCAGCGCUGCCUUAACGGAGAGAGCUGUGGAGAAAGUUAACAGGUCUGACUUAGAGUUCCUACAAGGAAGUUUACUUCAUUUUUGCAAAAUUUGUUCUCGUUCACGGUUAGUGAUGAAUUGGCAAUGGGCGACAGUUAGAUCACAACAACAACAACAAGAAUAACGAGAUCGGCGACAAAAAUAACAGCAACAAAAAGAAAAAUAACUAUUACAGCAAUAAACAACGACAAACAAAAAGGAAUGGGAAAAAAGACUGUUGAGUUUUUUUUCGUAUGGAAAACGUUAGUCUUAUUAAUUAAAAAAAAUUCUCCCGUAGCAGACGGCUAAGUUUGUGGUUGAUACUCAAACAGCUUUCGCCCGUACGUCCUUUACUUGAUUCCCUUUUGCCAUUGCUCUAUAAAUAUUUAUUAUAAAGGAGAGUACAUUUAUCAAGUUUUGUACAUACUAUAUAUGUAUAUAUAUUUUUUAGCUAUCACAGACAGUUUUUAUUUCUGUCCAUUUUUGUAUCAAGAGUUUGUUUAGUGUGGAACGAGCAGCUAUUUUUCUAGGGAGUUUAAUGUUUGUAAAAUUUUAAAGACUUUUUCACGCGUGUUGAUGCACGGUAUGACCAAGGUGCGAGUUUCC